AUGGAGCAGAUGUACCUGCAGAUACGCUUCUCAAAGGUCUACCAGCCGUUCUGCGUCCAGAUUCUGCGACGCCUGCUGGAGAGUGAGAAGCACUUGGUGAUGCGUCGUGUUAAACCUCGACUACGCCUCCUAUCACAGCCGGGGGGGGGCGGGGCCCAGAUCACCUGUCUGGCCACAGACUUCUACCCUCGCCACAUCAACCUGACGCUGCUGCGGGACGGUGAACCCGUGGACGAGGAGGAAAUGACCGUUGGCUCGGUGCUGCCCAACGGCAAUGGUCUCUACCAGCUGAGGAAGACGCUGGUGGUGGAUGAAGAGGAGCUGCAGAGGAAGCACAAGUACACCUGUGCAGCGUCUCACCUGAGUCUGGACAACCGGCUGGACGUGAGCUGGAGGGUGGAGUCUUUCCGUUCAUUCAGAGUCCACGUCAUCUCUGCUCCCAUCGUCCUCCUGCUGGUUGUCGUCAUCCUGCUGCUGGUGCUGAUGAUGAAGAUGAGGAAGAGGUCAGGGUCAGAGGGCAUCUCCAUGGAAACACAGGAGAGUCACGGAGCCAGCACUGAUGAGGGAUCGGAGCCAGGGGUGGAGGACUGGGACGUGACGGCUUCACUAAAGCAGUUUUCCUCCAAAUAAACCCCGCCCCCAGUGCAGAAUUGUGACAUUAAUCUUCGUUUGUUCGUUCAUUUUUAUUUAUUUCGAACAUGUAUAAAAAAAAACAAGAAAAAAAGAUCAGAGAAAAAAAUACAGGUGGGCAUUCCACGAGAAAAAAACAAAAAAAGAAAAAACACAUCAAAAAACAUAUUUCAGUUACAUGUUCGAAAAGGAGUGGGAGGAAGUAUAAACUUAUUUAAUCCCACCCCCUUUCCACAACUAAACAUAAAUUAUAUGCCUGUAUUUACUUUUUAUACUAUACACUAAUUUGUAUAAAUAAAGAUAUAUCAUUUUUUACAAAAAUAACCUGUUUAAUACCAAAUGUAAGCUCUAUCAUAAAUAUAAUAUAACUAUGAUAUCAAUAUAAUACGUAUAUCUAUACAAACAUACAAAGACAGCAUGACGAAAUACCAGAACACACAGCCGCUGAUCUUUAAACACAGUCUUCACUUUUAUACCUCAAAAAAACUAUGUCUUUAUAUUUCUUCUUAAAUUGUUUUAUGUUUGUACAUUCUUUUAACUCCAAAUUCAAAUCAUUCCACAGUUUAAAGAAGCUGUACUGUAUGUAAGAGCAAUAAUAAAACAAAUCAUAAAAUGACCCCGAUAUGUCAACAGACAUUUAAAAAUCAUGUUCAUUUCAAAUACUUAUGUCACUGACAACAGCACUCAAGCCAGGAUAUUCCAGUUUAAAAAGAGGAGUUGCAGCCCUCAACUGAUGUUUAUGUUGAAGCUCCACCCUCCACCUAUCUCCCAAUCACCAAGUCAGUAUUGUUUCUGAAGCUCCACCCUCCACCUAUCUCCCAAUCACCAAGUCAGUAUUGUUUCUGAAGCUCCACCCUCCACCUAUCUCCCAAUCACUAAGUCAGUAUUGUUUCUGAAGCUCCACCCUCCACCUAUCUCCCAAUCACCAAGUCAGUAUUGUUUCUGAAGCUCCACCCUCCACCUAUCUCC